AGAGAGAGAGAGAGAGAGAGAGAGAGAGAGAGAGAGAGACUAAACAGGUGGUCUGAAAACACACAGAAACAAUGUCGUCCUGCAGGGAGAAGCUUCCAUAACGGAGUACCAGCGGCACAGAACAACCCAUGCGCCUCAUCCAAAUUACGCACGGAUUCCUCCUCCACCUCCUCCUCCACCUCUCCUCCUCCUCUUCUCCGUUUCACCCGGAGUGUCUGGGACAGUAAAAGCAUGAAAGUGACUGUGUGCUUCGGCAGGACGAGGGUGGUGGUGCCGUGCGGGGAUGGGAGCAUUAAGGUCCGAUCCCUCAUCCAGCAGGCUGCCCUGCGCUACAAGAAGGCCAUCGCCAAGGAUGCUAGCUACUGGCUGCAGGUCCACCGGUUGGAGCACGGCGACGGCGGCAUCCUCGACCUGGACGACGUACUCUGUGAUGUGGCCGACGACAAAGACCGGCUCAUAGCCCUGUAUGACGAACAGGAGCCCCAUCAUGGAGGCGACGGUACCAGUGCCAGCUCCACGGGGACCCAGAGCCCGGACCUGUUCGCCGUGGACCUCAGCGCCGGCAGCGGGGCCUCGGCCUUCCAGCCCUACCAGGUCACCAGUGAGAUCGAGGUCACGCCCUCCGCCCUGCGCACCAACAUGCCCCUCCACGUCCGGCGCAGCAGCGACCCCGCCCUGAUGACCAUCAACGGGCCGUUCGGCGGCGGCGAGCCGAGGGUCCAAACGGAAGAGCCGCCGUCCAGGAAGAACCCGACCCGCUGGUCCACCACAGCUGGCUUCCUGAAAGCUCGCCACUCCUCCGGCACCAACAGCCUCGAGAGGAAGGGUAAAGAUACCGACACGUACCGCAGUCUGCCGCGGGAUGCAGGGACGUGGGCCAAUCAGGUGGAGUUUCAGAGAGAGACCGCCCGCUCGUCACUCAGCGCCAAUCACCCCAUGGUGGACCGCUGGCUGGAGAGACAGGAACAGGAGGACGAGGCCAGAGAAGAAGAAAACGGCCGGAUCGAGCCGGUUGGUCGAGCCGACUCCUGCAUGGACCACGCCCCCGUGAGGUCACUAGAAGACAUAAUCAAACUGGUGGAGGUGUCAAACGACGGUGGGCCCCUGGGAAUCCACGUGGUGCCUUUCAGUGGCAGGGACCGCAGGACUCUUGGCUUGUUGGUCAAGCGUCUGGAGAAGGGAGGCAAGGCCGACCAGCAGGGCCUCUUCCAGGAGAACGACUGCAUCGUCUGUAUCAAUAACGGAGACCUGCGGAACAUCCGCUUCGAACAAGCCCAGAACAUGUUCCGCCAGGCCAUGCGCUCCCCGGUCAUCAUGUUCCAUGUGGUUCCGUCGUCGAUGAAGGGCCACUACGAGCAGCUGUCCCACGCCAUGUAUGCCUCGGGCCGCUUCAGCCCGGACUCCCUGAGCGGCAGCACGGUCUCCGGCGUGGACCAGGCGCCCCACAGGAUGUCCCGACACGGGUCCCAAACUCACCCGCACUCCCAUCCCCAUCCCCAACCGCACGCUCACCAAGACCAGACCGACGGCUACCUUCCACUGCCUCACCCGGCGGUCUCUGCAGCCAAGCCGCCCACGGGACACACCCCCUCGCCUCAGAGGGCGCCCAACGCCACGCCCACGGGAGGAUUUACCAAGAAAGUCGGGAGGAGGCUCAACAUCCAGCUAAAGAAAGGUCCAGAGGGACUCGGCUUCAGUAUCACAUCCCGGGACGUUCCCAUCGGCGGCUCGGCGCCCAUCUACGUGAAGAACAUUCUGCCACGGGGAGCUGCCAUCCAAGAUGGCCGCCUCAAGGCAGGAGACAGGUUGCUGGAGGUGAAUGGCGUGGACCUGAACGGGCGGACCCAGGAGGAGGUGGUGUCUCUGCUCCGGGCCACGCCCAUGGGCGGAGCCGUGGGGCUGCUGGUCCUACGGCAGGAGGACACUUUCCUCCCCAGAGACGUGAAUGCUGAGCCCCAGAUGCAAAGCCCCAGAGAUGUGCAUCCGAGGCAGCCCGCGACAGCCGUGAAGCCCCAUUGGCUGAUUGAGAAGCCAGAGGAGGACGAGUUGGUCCUGACUCCAGACGGCACCAGGGAGUUCCUGACCUUUGAGAUCCCCCUGAGUGACUCGGGUUCAGCUGGGCUGGGAGUCAGCGUCAAAGGCAACCGCUCCAAGGAGAACCACGCUGACCUGGGCAUCUUCGUCAAAUCCAUCAUCAACGGAGGGGCGGCCUGCAAGGACGGGCGGCUUCGAGUUAACGACCAGUUGAUCGCUGUCAAUGGAGAGUCGCUAUUGGGUAAAACCAACCAGGACGCCAUGGAGACGCUACGCAAGUCCAUGUCAACGGAAGGCAACAAGCGUGGGAUGAUCCAGCUCAUUGUGGCGAGACGAGUGUCUAAAAGAAAUGAGGAGACACCGGGCAGUCCGCUGGGGGGCAGUCAGCAGACCAUCAACACCUCCCUGGACGACCACGAGCGCCGGAUCUCCCACUCCUUGUACGGUGGCCUGGAGGGCCUCGAUGACAACUUGAUGCCACGACAAGGAAUGAUCCCGCGCACAAUAGGAAACUAUCAGCUGUCACCGACCGUCAACAUGCCGCAGGACGACACGGUGAUCAUCGAGGACGACCGGCCUCCGCUCCUCCCGCCCAACCUCUCCGACCAAUCAUCGUCCAGCUCCCACGACGACGUGGGCUUCACCGCCGACGUGACGCCGCCGUGGGCCAAAGAGCCGCCCACGCAGAAUGACAGCCCUCCUUCCAGCUCCGUCAUUCCAGAUGAAAAUAAUCCAGACGGCUCUUUCCAAAGGGAAGGCUUCGGGCGCCAGAGCAUGUCGGAGAAACGCACCAAGCAGUUCGGAGACGCCUCGCAGCUCGACAUCCUCAAGACACGCAAAUCCAAGAGCAUGGAUCUAGUAGCCGACGAGAUUAACCUCACCCAUCGGCCCGAGAACAACGCAGGUUCUUCCACAAAGGAUGUGGGACCAUCACUAGGCUUGAAGAAGUCCAGCUCGCUCGAGAGCCUCCAGACGGCUGUUGCCGAGGUAACCCUCAACGGGGACCUCCCCUUCCACAGGCCACGCCCUCGCAUCAUCAGGGGGCGGGGCUGCAAUGAGAGCUUCAGAGCGGCCAUCGACAAAUCCUACGACCGACCAGCAGCAACGGAAGAAGACGACGAGGGCAUGGAGACGUUGGAGGAGGACACAGAGGAGAGUUCACGAUCGGGUAGAGACUCGGUGUCCACGGUGGCCGACCAGACGCCGCUGUCCGGCACCAACGAGAAACCGCUGGUCAACGGCACAAAUCGAACCAAAGAGGAGAAGAAGAAAGACAAAGACAAGGGAGGGAAGGAGAAGAAGAAACAGCAGGAGGGAGGGAAGGAGAAAGACAAGGGGAAAGCCAAGAAGGGCAUGCUGAAAGGACUCGGGGACAUGUUCAGGUUUGGGAAGUACCGUAAGGACGAGCGGCCGGGAGAAAAGCUGGAUCGUAAAGGCUCCAGCAAGUGGAGGGGGGAGGAGACGCAGGUUUCCGAUGAGGAGACGAUGAAGAUGAGGAUGGAGCAGGAGAGGAUCCAGGCUAAGACCAGAGAGCUGAGGGAGCGCCAGGCCAGGGAGCGGGACUACGCCGAGAUCCUGGACAUAAGCCACACACCGGAGAGGGCCUCCGAGGAGGAGCACCCCUACGCAGGCAUCAACCCGCUGAACAUCUCCGUGGACAGCGGGCACAGCCGGCCCCACAGCCCCCGGGACGAAUACCCCCACCUCCAUCCACACCACCAGCACUCCGACACCCUCUACACCCAAGUCAGCAAGGCCCGCAACGAGCGGCCUCCGUCUGCAGACAGUAGCCGGCUAGCACCUAGCAACCACGACCGGAUACAGAGGCUGAGGCACGAGUUCCAGCAGGCGACCACCGUCCCGGACGACUCCGACGACCGCAGGAGGACCUACAGCUUCGAGCAGCCCUGGUCAAACACCAGCAGCAACGGUCAGAGCGGCUACAGCCAGCCGGGUCGCCACUCGGUGUCGGUGGAGGUCCAGAUGCAACGGCAGAGACAGGAGGAGAGAGACUCGUUCGCCCAGGCACAGCGGCAGUACAGCUCCCUGCCACGGCAACCGAGAAAGAACCCCAGCUCCAUCUCCCAGGACUCGUGGGACAAGGCGUACCCACCUGGCGAGGUCUUCCAGACGGCAAAGGACAACCCCAGGUACUCCAGCUACCAGGGCUCCAGGAACGGCUACCCGGGCGGCGGCGGGGUCAACGCCAGGGUCCUUCUGGAGGCCCAGGAGCUGCUGAGGCAGGAGCAGAGGCGGCGAGAGCAGGAAGCCAAAGGGAAGCUGAUGCAGGAGAGCAUCGGUAACAACAGCUACGAGGGAUACCCUACGGCGCGCCUGAAGGACCCGGCCUCCCCCAAGGGUCCGUACCGCCAUGAUGUGCCGCCGUCGCCUUCGCAGUUAGCGAGGCUUAAUAGAAUCGGGUCGGAGAAAGGAAGACUUUUUUAUUCUUGAGGAGUAGACUGAUGGAUGAAGAACUGGACAGAGAACUUAACGAGCUAAGGGGAUUACCUUGAAGAAACAGAAGAGCAAAAGUGGACGCUACAAUUCUUGUCAAAGGGACAACCUAGAGGUCUUAUAGCUUAGCGAUGAGCUUAGAGGUAAACAGAUGUGAAGUGUGCUCAGUAUGUGGGUGUUUGUGUUCAAUCCCUCGCUGUGCCGAUGACCUAUAGUCAGUCAGUCAGUCGCUCACCCUCCUACAGACACGAGACGCUCAGUGCCUUCUCUGCGUUUAACGAACACGACGCUCGUUCACAGUCGUCCAGGACUCUGAUUCAUCCAGAUCUGGUGCCGUCACGUACCGACAAUCAAAUGUGCAGACAUGGCGAGUGAGUAGGCGUUCUUCUGAGCCCAUGGGGAGGCGUUACUUUCUGUGUGGGUUCUUGUGUGGGCAGGUGACAAGGUACAUUUUUCACAAUCAAGGCAUUCGUGUCAUGGCUUUAAAGAAGUGUCGUCCCAUCGGUCACAGAUUACCCUUUCUUCACUCCGCUAAACUUAACAUUCGACCCCUUGCUGACGAUGCUGGCGUUUCUCUGCAUUCUCUAUUCUCUGCAUUCUCUAUUCUCUACUUUCCAGUGUUUUCUCCCGGAGCUCUCUCACUUGAGCACUCCCCGGGGAGAAGAGAAAAACACGGCAAAAUGUAUGAAAGAAGCAGGGCACAGUGUUCGUGUUAUUAAUAAAGAAGAGCCCCCCCCCCUCAUAAAUGAUUCAUAUUGUGUGUUAUCUCCGUGGAGGAGACCCAGGCAGAGAGGGUAGACAGCUCUGAUCCUCUGCCUGGCCCCCCUGCACCGCUCUGGGCUUGACUUGCUGGCCCGCCUGCCUGUCUGUCUGGAGCUCUGGCUCCCAUCCUCCUCUCGUUCUCAUCGCCUCUCUGUUCAUUACCUUUCUUUCUUCUACCUCAACACCCCCACCUUCAUCCUCCUCCCUUCUCCUCUCCUCGCCCAUCUCCCACCUUCCCUCUCAUCUCACCCCCCGCUCAUUCCCCUCGCUCUUCCUCCUGCUCACCACCACCCUCCUCCUCCUCGUCUCCCGAGUCAGACGCUGCUCUGAAUUUUUCAUCACAAGCCACCUGCUGCCUGCCAGAGCCAAAGAACGCUGCCACCAGGGGAACCGACAGAGGACCCAGCUUCUGACAUAAAGAGAGGAAUAAAAGCACAAAAAGAGCCAGAAUAAAGAUGGGGAGAGAGACAAUAAACCUGCCAGUGGGAGAUUAGCUGGAGCUUUUCUCCUGUUUUUUUAACAAAAGGCAAAAUUGUCCUCAGGAGUUAAUUGCUUUCAAUUGCUGUAAUUUUGCUUUCUGUAUUCGUACCUUUUUAAGCAUUUAGCUGACACUCUUAGAGAACUGCUUUCUUCCCCAAAUCUAAAAUGUUUCUCAGUGUGGGCUGUAAAUUAUCCAGAGCAGAGGCCUGGUGUCACUAUAAAACAGGCAGUGCAAGAACAUUGGUCACAUACCCGCAGGGCUAGUUAGCCAGGCAGAACAAUGCUCAAGGUAUUCAGUCACAUUAUGGUCACAACAGCUCUCGGAGCUAGCUAAAUGACAGUUAGCAGACUCGUUAGCUCAGUCGCUAAUUGCUCAAUACAUUCACACAGUUUAGUCAAAAGAUGUAUUUGGAACAUAAACUCCCAUAGAUAUAAUUUCCCUUGCAAAUGAAAUGCUAUGAAGACCACUGAAAGCACAGAUAUCUCAAAACCUUGACAAAUCAAACCAAAUCUAUCUGUGUUUUUGUAAUUCAAAUGAAGCGACCAUUUAAUGCAGGGACAUUAACUAUGAGUUGUGCUAGCCCAGUGACGUUUUGUAAUUAUAGGUCCCAAAGAAGACCUUGGCCAUCGACGACACGUGCUUUAAAGUGCUAAAUUCGAAAUUCAGAGCAUUAAUAAAACAGCAAACAUAUAUUUUCUAUGAAAAGAAGUAUAGCGUCCAUCCUCCUGUCCCCCCCUCAGGUUAGCCUGUUAGCUCUGUUAGCAAUGCUCCCUUUGUUUGCACUGUUGGCACCAUUAGAUGUGAGCCUUUGCUCAGCCGUCGCCAUGUUGAGAGCCGUAUGGGUGCAAUAGAUGUGCUCUGAAUUUCGUGUUGAGCACCUUUUAUAAUCCAUGCCACAGCCCGACAGCCCACAACUAUAAUUGUUGCAGUAGGUGGCAACCGAUUCUCUUGGUCUGCAACUACCCCCGUUUGACAUCACUAAUGUGUGUGACAUGAUUGUCUCUGCCUGCAAGCGAAACAAACGAGAUCGAGCUGAGGGUCAAACUUAAAACGAAAGAGAAAUACACACAAAUAAAAAAUGAUAUGUCCAUCACUGAGCUGUGGAAAACAAACAGGCGGUGCGUAAUUGGCCCUCACUCCUACAAACCCCGUAUGCAGAGUGAAGCUACAUGACAUACAUUAUCUCCUGUUAGUUAAUGAAGACCCUUGCUGGGAAAGAAGCAGGCUGAGUGGAGGUAAUAAAUGAUGAUGGAAGUAAGAAGAUGAAGAAGUAAUGGCAUUAUUCCAGUGUAUAAACCUGUAUUUAAACAUGAGGAAGACUCCGAUGUAAGCUAACUAAAAUGUCCCUUCUGCAUUGUGCAUGUACUUGGGUGUAAUGACACUAACGCACUAUGGCCACUAUGUCAAUGUGUUUGUUUUUUUUAAUCCAAUGCUACAAUGUGGCUGAUGAAAACUGUUACCAAAUAAGAAUCUGUUCUCUGAAUGACUUUUAUCAAAAGUGUUUGGUUGUAGUGGCCAGCACUUCCUGCUGUGAACACUAGUGCGUCUCCAAAUGCAGAGUAGCACAUUCUGAAGGAUGUAUCUGACCUUUGCUCUAAACGUUAUGGGCUUUGCUGGUCAGCUGUUGGGUAACAUGGUCUGAAAAUGAAUAAGUGCCUGAUAUUUUAUCAUAAUAUUUUACACAAAGAGGGGCACGACAGCACACAAACUACAGUGUGUUUUAAGACAUUUUUGAUAUCAUAUUAAAAUGUGUCAUUUUUUGGGGUACUCCUUCCUGAACCUUUUUUUUUUUUUUUUAUUUACAAGAGCCAACACUUUACAAGCGGUUAUCAGUGUAUUUGUAUCCCGUUUGACAUUGCCUUCAACCAUGCUGUACCAUGAUGUGUUUUAAAGUAUAAUAAGAAAUGGAAGCUGAUGUGCAAUUGUUUUUGUUUGUUUUUCCAGAAAACUUUUACAUGAUAUAUUAAGAAAUGUAUACAGCCACUUUUCCUGUACAUAUCAAAUUUAGAAUAAAACGGAAAGGCUGUUCCGCAUCCUGUUUACAACCUCUGACUGUUUCUACCUUUUGCUUUCCUCGGCCCCGGCUUUGAACCGGGGAUCGGAUGAGUC